AAUUUCCAUCAAACCAGAAGAAGCUUCCCUCUCUCUCUCUCACACACACACACACUUCUCUCUCACACAGAGACAGAGAUAAUUGUCGAACAGAGACAUCAUUCAAAUUCCACGCAUAAAUUGCUGCUUUGCUUCAACAAAACCUCAAACAAGGUAAUUGAUUGAUCUCUCUGUAAUAAAUGGAGACUGAAAAUGUUGAAGAUGAAAAAAAGGUAAUUGUUGAGAAAUCAGAUGUAAAUCAUCAAGUCUGUAAAGAAGAGAUAACAGACAAAGAGGGCCCUAAUUCAUCACCGCCAGAAAUAAUCUUGUCCCAAACAGUACCAAACAGUAGUAUUAAUAAUACUACAUCAUCAAAUCCUGCUAAUAAAGAUCCAAAAAACAUUAAAUUGGCCAAGUCGAAAACAUCUGUUGUUUUCGGCCGGAGUACUAGAUCGACCUUGACGCAGAGCCUCUCGUUUCCGUCCAAAGGCCGCGGCCAUUCGGAUGUAAUGAAAAGAAGCAUUGAGGUUUAUCCUAGUAAAGCUGAUAUCAGACAGUCUCGGAUAAAUAGUUCGAAAGUCGAGUCACAAAUCUCGAAUAACGUUUGUUCUAGUCCGAGAUCAAUCAAUCCUGCUCCGUUUCCUGGAUUGAAGAAGUCGAAGAGUGUGAUAAGUAAUACUUCUCGAAAGUCGGCAUUAUCUAUGACAGGGAAAGAUGUGUCUGCUAAUGCAACUGCACUUGAUGAAUUGGUGGUUGACGGAACUUCUGAGCAUAGCCACAAUAAUGCAUCGGUUUCGAAGGAGGACGAUGUUCAUUCAGCCACUUCAUCAAAUCUCACUGCUCGGGGACAGCAGAGGAUUAGCGUUUCUGCAUUCUCAUUCAGGUCGGAAAAACGGGCUGAAAAACGAAAGGAGUUCUUUUCGAAGAUAGAAGAGAAGGUACAAGCCAAGGAAGAGGAAAAGAAUAACAUGAAAGCUAAAUCAAAGGAAAGUCGAGAUGCGGAAAUAAAGCAACUUAGGAAGAGCUUGACAUUUAAAGCUGCACCCAUGCCGAGCUUCUACAAAGAACCUCUUCCAAAACCUGAACUCAAGAAGAUACCGACUACUCGACCGAUAUCUCCGAAGCUUGGAAGGCAAAAAGACAGUGCAUUAUCCCCAUCUGGAAACUCAGUUGAAAAUGGUGUUAGUACUCCGAGAAUAAAUAAAAACAGUAGUUGCAAUUCGCCAAAGGCAUCAAAUGGCGGCUCUGCUUUAAAAAGGUCCGGAAAAAGCUCGUUAUCAAAGCCAAAAAAUCAAGAACCUACCACCAUUGCUAGGAAAGUAAAGCAAUUUCCAGCAGAGGGACGACAAGACAAAGAAAUCAUACACGAUCAGAUUCUAGAAGGUUCUGGAAAAAACUCUUCUUGCUGUAAUGGAAUAUCAAAUCUUAAUUCAGAGGAAGUGCUUGCACAAGUCAGUGUUUGAAAUCGAAGCUGGUUCAAGAACAGUAAUCGCGCUUCUCCUCGAUCCUGGAAAUUUUCAACUGUCAAACUACUAUACAGUUUGUUGUGAAUAGUUUUGUUGUAUGUUAAAUUCUGAGUUUUUUUUCAUAUAUAUAUAUGUAUGUUGUCUCUACAGCUAUAGUACGUGUGCAUUACAUUGUGUAUCGAAAUUCAUUCAAGUGUUUUAUUCAAAUUUUCACGUGGACUCGGGUUUACGGCCUAAUUUGAGGUCGGAUU